CACUUGUAUGCGAAGUUGUGAAUUACUUCACGAGUAAUGUUGUCAAAAGUCCACGUAGAGAUUCAGAUCAAACAGGUUAUCGUUGGGUUUCUGAAAUUCUAAAUGGUCAUCCGAUUCGUUGUUACCAAAUGUUUAGAAUGAAGAAACAUGUCUUCUUCCAUUUAUGUGAUGUGUUGCAAAACAAGUAUAACUUGAGGCCAACUCGCAAUGUGGGAAUUUAUGAGCAGGUUGCUUUUUUUUUAUACAUGGUGGGUCAACCAGCUUCUGUUCGCAAUUUAGAGGAGAGAUUCCAACAUUCUGGAGAAACAAUAUCUAGACAGUUUCAUAGCGUCCUAAAUGCUGUUUGUGGACUUGCAAGAGACAUAAUUAAACCUAUUGACUCAUCAUUUAGUGAUGUUCCUGAUGAGAUUAAGAAUGAUGUCAGAUAUUACCCUUAUUUUAAAGAUUGCAUUGGUGCAAUAGAUGGUACUCACAUAAGAGUUUGUGUUCCUCCUCAACUCCAGGCAACUUAUAUUGGUAGGAAAGGUUACACUACCACUAAUGUCAUGGCUGCUUGUGAUUUCAACAUGUGUUUCACCUUUGUCUGGGCUGGGUGGGAGGGUUCUGCACAUGAUGCUAAGAUUUUUAUGGAGGCUCUGCGUAGACCAUCAUUGCAUUUUCCCCAUCCUCCUCAUGGUAAAUAUUAUCUUGUUGAUGCGGGAUACCCUACUUUUAUGGGUUUUCUAGGGCCAUACAAAAAAAAUAGGUAUCAUCUUCCGCAAUUCAGAAAUGGACCUAGAAUAACAGGGAGAGUUGAGGUGUUCAAUUAUUAUCAUUCUAGUCUUCGCAAUGUGAUUGAACGAUCAUUUGGUUGUUGCAAAGCAAAAUGGAAGAUACUAGGUAGUAUGCCUUCUUAUGAUUUGAAGACACAAAACAAAAUCAUUACGGCUUGUAUGGCUUUGCAUAACUUUAUUAGAAGAAAUGAUAGAAGUGAUGAAGAAUUUGAUGCAAAUUAUGAAAAUGAAGAUGGAGGAGGAGAAAAUGAAGCUGGCCCAAGUACUGUUACAUGGGAGGAACCUGAUUUUCAAAGUUCCUUGCAAAUGGAGCAAAUUAGGGAACACAUCAAAAAUAUGUUUCCAACACGAGUUUAGCUUUUUUCCUAGUUAUCUAUGAUACUUUAGUAGAUAUGUCUUUUUAUUUGUAAGGUGGUAUGAUUAUAUUCAAGACUACGAAUUAUGAUUUGUAUUAACUAUUUGAUACUUGAUAUGGUUUGACGUUAUUGUUAGAGCAUU